CUGACCCCGGGGCUGACCCUGUCCCCGUCCCCAGGGGCCGUGAAGGUCACCCCCGGUCACAGCCCCCAGGACCUGGCGCUUGGCCCGGGGCCCACGGGCUGCCCCUGCUCUCGGUCAUCGGCGACGAUGGCACCUUGUGUCCCCCGGGCGGGGGGGUGGCUGCAGGGCGUGCCGCGGUUCGAGGCCCGUGCCCGGGGUGGUGGCCGCGCUGUCGCAGCGGGGACUCGUCCGGGGCGUCCAGGGACCACGCCAUGACCCUGCCCCUCUGCAGCCGCUCCGGGGGACGUCGUCGAGUUCCUGCUCAAGCGCCAGUGGUUCCUGAGCUGCGGGGACAUGGCCAGGGCGGCCCUGGAGGCGGUGACGUCGGGGAGGCUCCGCCUGGUGCCCAAAUUCCACGAGAAGAACUGGAGGACCUGGAUGGAAAACGCGGGACCCCGAUGUUUUGGACACCUGGUUCUCCUCCGCCCUCUUCCCCUUCGCCGCCCUGGGCUGGCCCGAGCAGAGCCCCGACCUGCGCCGCUUUUACCCCACCUCGCUGCUGGUGACGGGCAGUGACCUCCUGUUCUUCUGGGUGGCCCCGCAUGGCCAUGCUGGGCCAGCAGCUCACCGGACACCUGCCCUUCUCCCAGGUGCUGCUGCACUCGCUGGUCCGGGAUUCCCAGGGACGGAAAAUGAGCAAAUCCCUGGGAAACGUCAUCGACCCCCGCGACAUCAUCAGGGGGGCCACGCUCCAGGAGCUGCAGGAGAAGCUCCGGAGUCGCGUCCUGGACCCCCAGGAGCUGCAGGCGGCCGAGGAGGGGCAGAGGCGGCAGUUCCCGCAGGGGAUCCCCGAGUGCGGCGCCGACGCCCUGAGGCUCGCCCUGAGCACCCACAACGCCCACGGCCCCGAAAUCCGGCUGGGCGUGGCCUCGGUGCUGACUCAGCGCCGCUUCUGCAACAAAGUCUGGAACGGGGUCGGCUUCGUGCUGCGGGCCCUGGGCGGGGACAGGGGGACCCCGAAAACGCCCCCUGAGCAGGUACUGGGACCCCAAAAACACCCCUGGGACCCCAAAAACACCCCUGGGACCCCCAAAACGCCCCCUGAGCAGGUACUGGGACCCAAAAACACCCCUGGGACCCCGAAAACGCCCCCUGAGCAGGUACUGGGACCCCAAAAACACCCCUGGGACCCCAAAAACACCCCUGGGACCCCCAAAACGCCCCCUGAGCAGGUACUGGGACCCAAAAACACCCCUGGGACCCCAAAAACACCCCUGGGACCCCAAAAACGCCCCCUGAGCAGGUGCUCCCGGGGUCGCCCCUGGACCGGUGGGUGCUGGCCCGCCUGGCCGCGGCCGUGGCCGAGUGUGGCCGGCGGCUGGAGGCGCUGGAGCCGCAGGGCGCCGCGGCCCGCCGUGCAGAGCUUCUGGCUGCGCAGCUUCUGCGACGUCUACCUGGAGGUGUCCAAGGCGUCCCUGCAGUCCCCGGCGCUCCGUCCCGGCGCCCUGGAGACGCUGCUGGCCUGCGCCGAGCUGGGGCUGCGCCUGCUGGCCCCCUUCGCCCCCUUCGUGGCCGAGGAGCUCUGGCAGCGCCUGCCCCGCGCCCCCCCCCGCGCCCCCCACGCUCUGCAGGGCCCCGUUCCCCGACCCCCGGCAACUGGCGCACUGGCGCAGCCCCGAGCUGGAGGCGCAGGUGGCGGCCAUGCUGGAGCUGGUGCGGGCCGUGCGGGGGGCUGCGCGAGACCUUCCGGCUCGGGGGGGCCGCCCGCCCCCCAGUGCUGGUGCAGUGCCCGGAGCCGGCUCGGGAUUGGCUGGAGCCGCUCGGCCCCGCCUUCCGCACGCUCUCGGGGGCGGGGCCUGUGCGGCUCCUCCCGCCGGGGGCGGGGCCGGGGCCGGGCUGGGCGGGGGCUCCCGCGGGGCCCGGAACCUUCGUGCACCUGCAGAUCCAGGGCCUGGUGGAGCCGGGGGCCGCCCGGGCCCAGCUCUGCGCCCGCCUCAGGAGCCUCGAGCGGCGCCUCAGGAGCCUCGGGGGGGCCUCCCCCAACCCCCCCGGGGGCGCCGAGCAGCACCAGGCCGCCGUGCUCCGAGCAGAACUCGCCCGCCUGGAGCAGGCCCUGCAGGCCCUGGAGACCCCCGGGGACCCCCUCAGGGACCCCCCCGGGGACCCCCUGAGCCCCCGUGGGGACCCCCAGCUUCAGGGGGGGCCCGAGAUUUAAUAAAU